AUGUUUUCCAGGGCCAUUGUCGCCGCAUUGGCCCUCAGCGGCCCGGCUUUUGCUCUGUGGCCCGUGCCGAAACACUCCUCGACCGGCAAUGACACGCUCUUUAUUGACCAGACGGUCCAGGUUACCUACAAUGGUGAACAGGUUACUUACACGGCCGGCUACGUGCCUCCCAGCGGACCGCAUUUCACCAGCAAGGAAAUCGUUCAAGGCGGCGUCUCGCGGACAUUCGGCGCCAUCUUCCAGCAGGGCUUUGUGCCGUGGAUGCUGCGUGAACGUGAUUCGGACUCUGAACCGGCUCUAGGCGGAACACGGAUCCGGACACUACAGAUUAUACAGACUAAGCACGAUUCCGCGAAUACCUUCAAGCCUCUGAAUGGCGCAGUGAAUGAAUCCUAUGCCCUGGAUGUCGACGCAAAGGGCCACGCAUCUCUCACCGCUCCGUCGUCAACGGGCAUCCUUCGAGGCCUUGAAACCUUCUCCCAGCUCUUCUUCAAGCAUAGCUCCGGCACUGCUUGGUAUACGCAGCUUGCACCUGUUUCGAUCCGCGAUGAGCCCAAGUAUCCUCACCGCGGCCUCCUGUUGGAUGUCAGCCGUCAUUGGUUCGAGGUUUCUGACAUUGAGCGUACCAUUGAUGCUCUGGCUAUGAACAAAAUGAACGUGCUGCAUCUGCACGCUACUGACACGCAGUCAUGGCCGCUGGAGAUUCCAUCCCUGCCUCUGCUGGCUGAGAAGGGCGCCUAUCACAAAGGCUUGAGCUACUCGCCGAGCGAUCUCGCGAGCAUCCAAGAGUAUGGUGUUCAUCGAGGUGUCCAGGUCAUUGUAGAGAUUGAUAUGCCAGGCCACGUCGGAAUCGACAAGGCAUACCCCGGGCUUAGCAACGCCUACGGAGUCAACCCGUGGCAGUGGUAUUGCGCCCAGCCGCCCUGCGGAUCUUUCAAGCUGAACAACACGGAUGUCGAAAAGUUCAUUGACAAGCUUUUUGAGGAUUUGCUGCCGCGCCUGUCGCCGUACUCGGCCUACUUUCACACUGGUGGCGACGAGUACAAGGCGAACAACUCGCUGCUCGACCCGGCCCUUCGCACAAACGACAUGAACACCCUGCAGCCGAUGCUGCAGCGCUUCUUGGACCACGUGCAUGGUAAGGUUCGCGAUCUGGGACUCGUUCCCAUGGUUUGGGAAGAAAUGAUUCUGGAUUGGAACGCAACUCUGGGCAAGGAUGUGGUUGCGCAAACUUGGCUUGGUGGAGGGGCGAUUCAGAAGCUUGCCAAGGCUGGAUACAAGGUUAUUGACAGCAGCAACGACUUUUACUAUCUCGAUUGUGGUCGUGGUGAGUGGCUCGAUUUUGCCAACGGGGACCCCUUUAACAACAACUAUCCCUUCCUUGACUGGUGCGAUCCGACCAAGAACUGGAAGCUCAUGUACUCACACGAGCCCACGGACGGCGUGUCCGAUGAUCUCAAGAAGAAUGUCAUUGGUGGCGAAGUUGCCGUCUGGACUGAGACUAUUGAUACGACUAGCUUGGACUCUAUCAUCUGGCCGCGAGCGGGAGCGGCAGCUGAGAUUUGGUGGUCGGGCAAGAUCGAUGAGAAGGGAAACAACCGAUCACAGAUUGAUGCACGGCCGAGAUUAUCGGAGCAGCGAGAGCGCAUGUUGGCAAGGGGAGUCCGAGGAACGCCAAUUACGCAGCUGUGGUGUAGUCAGGUUGACGUUCAUAACUGCGAGUCUGGAAAUUACUGA